UUAAAUUAAAACGUGGACAAACAAGAAUUUAGAACUAUUGUUCGGGAAGGAGACAUUGUUACUGUAGUAACCUUAGGUGGCAUUAUCCUAGUGGUCCAUGGAAGGAUUGUAGUAAGAGGAUAUGGAAAAUACGUGAUGAAAUGAAAGAGCUUGUGUUUGUGUUGUUGUGACUACUAACUAACUAUAGAAGAAGAUUAAAUGGCUGCCACGUGCUGUAACCUCACACAUGCUUCUCCUUUCCUUAAUCAUCAACUCUUCUACUUCCAAAGGUACCAUUUAGUUUCCAAAAGAUCAAAAUGUAAUACCAGUAUGGAAAAAGUUUUACAUAGGAGAUUUCAAGUUCAAAGAAGGGAUCAUCACUACAUACAUGUGCGUUAUGCUGGAGGAGCUGAAUUAUCCUCUUCUUCUAGUUCCAGCAUUGAAAAAAAUGUUGGAGAGGAAAUUCAAGAGGAUAUUUCAAUGGAAACAUUGAUUUGGAGGGCUAUCAAGUUGCCUAUUUACUCUGUUGCUUUGGUCCCUCUCACUGUAGGUAGUGCAGCAGCUUAUUUACAGACAGGCAUCUUCUCAGCUAAAUGCUAUUUUGUUCUAUUGGCUUCUUCAAUCCUUGUUAUUACCUGGCUCAACUUAAGCAAUGAUGUUUAUGAUUUUGACACUGGAGUUGACAAGAACAAAAAGGAAUCAGUUGUAAACCUGGUUGGAAGCCGUACAGGAAUCUUUAUUGUUGCCUACUUAUGCCUUGCUCUUGGCUUCGUCGGGCUGACUUGGGCUGCUGUUGAGGCCGGAAACAUUCGUUCAGUGUUAUUUCUUACUUGCGCAAUUUUUUGUGGCUAUAUAUAUCAGUGUCCACCAUUUCGGUUAAGCUAUCAGGGACUGGGAGAGCCUUUGUGUUUUGCAGCAUUUGGUCCUUUUGCCACUGCUGCUUUUUAUUUAGUACAAGGCAGUGCAAGUAGUGUGACGAACCAUUUCCCCUUGAGUGGAACAGUUCUUUCAGCAUCAGUCCUCGUUGGCUUUACAACAUCUCUUAUCCUUUUUUGCAGUCAUUUUCAUCAGGUAGAUGGAGACGAAGAAGUUGGAAAAUUAUCGCCUUUGGUUAGACUUGGCACUGAAAGAGGUGCAGAGGUAGUGAAAGCAGCAGUCUUGUCGCUCUAUGCUCUUUUGGUUGCUUUUGGUCUAAGCAAGGCACUUCCUCUCACUUGUAUUUUCCUUUGUGCAUUGACAUUACCGAUUGGAAACCUGGUAAUUAAAUUUGUCCAAGACAAUCACAAGGACAAAGAUAAGAUUUUCAUGGCCAAGUACUUUUGUGUGAGGUUGCAUGCUUUAUUUGGUGCUGCACUGGCUUUUGGAUUGGUAUUGGCAAGAAUGGUUAAUUCAAAGCUACUACUGCAAUGAGAAUAGCGUUUAGGUAAAAGGAAAUUAUAUGAAGUAAGGAUUCUGUUCAAGAGGAUCAAGGAUGCAAUCCUGUCUGGUGCAAGAGCUAUAUCUUGGGGGUCAUGAACACUUUCUCUGAACAAGAUUUUGAAACUUUUUUUAUUCAUUUCCCCGUCCUUUGGCUGUAUAAGCUUGAAGAAACUGUUAGAUUGUGACAAAUCUAGAGCGGUUUGCUGCAUGCCUGCGUCAACAAGUUUACGGCUAACCGCAUCAGAAGAGGUCAGGGGAUGGCUCCACUACCUAGGCGCCUUGAUAUAAAUUUUGAAUUGAUAGUGCAUAGUUGAUUAAUAAGAUGGCAACAUUUGCUGAUAGGAAUUUUUUAUUUAAGUAAAAAAAAUUAAAAAAAUCAGAGCACUUGCUAAAUCUGUGCUGUAAUUUUAUAUUGCCCUAAGAAACAUUACAAACUUGAAUCGAAAUUGGAUUUAAUACUUUGUUGUAUGGACUCAAACACAUGUAUCUCUAAAUAUUGUAAUAACAAUUGUCAUUGCAGAUUACAAUUUUAAAUCCUGUUAUUACUA